AUGUUGAACUCCAUUAAAGAUAAGGUGUGGAAGAGACUUAAAGGAUGGAAAUUUCCUCUUUUUUCAACUGUGGGAAGAGAAGUUCUCCUCAAGGAAAUUAUUCAGGCUCUCCUUACAUAUUCCAUGAGCUAUUUCAAGUUCCCUAUGAAACUCAUUAAUGAUCUCUACCGAAUGAAAACUAUAUUUUGGUGGGGUUAUUCUAAAAAGAAAAAGAAGAUCCAUUGGUGUAAAUGGACAAAGCUGUGUAAGACCAAAGAAAGGGGAGGCAUGAGAUUCAGGGAUAUAAGUACUUUCAAUCAAGUUUUACUGGCUAAACAAGUGUGGAGGUUAAUCAGGAAUCUGAACUCUCUUUAUGGAAAAGUCCUCAAGGCUAGCUAUUUCCCCAACAAAAUUAUUUUGGAUGCCUUUUGUGGUUCUAAGGCAUUUUAUGUUUGGAGAAGUCUGAUGUGGGGAAAGGAGAUUAUUAUUGGUGGUUAUAGAUGGAGAAUAGGUGAUGGAAAUGAUGUGAGAAUACUCCAUGACCCAUGGCUUCAAGGACCGGUGAGCUUCAAAAUAUUUGACAAGCCCCACCUCCCCAACGACUUUUUUGUGAUUGAUUUGCAGAAUCAAGAUGGGGAGUGGGAUGAGGAGUUUAUUAGGAAUAAUUUCUAUAACAAGGAUUCAGACAUGAUUUUGAGCUUACCGAGUGAGAACAGAGAUCUUGGAAAAAUUCUUUGGCAUUACUCAAAGAAUGGUGAAUAUAGUGUGAAAAGUUUCUAUGAGUUUGAAAGAGAGAGCUGA